GUCCUUCUUUUGGUCCUUUCUAGACUUUUGGUAGCCAUGGCACGAGGAAACAGCACUGAAGUGACUGAAUUCUGUCUUCUGGGAUUUGGUGCCCAACAAGAGUUUUGGCAUAUCCUCUUCAGUGUAUUCCUUCUCAUCUAUGUGACCUCCAUAACAGGUAAUACUGGAAUAAUCUUACUCAUCAACACAGAUUCCAGAUUUCAAACACCCAUGUACUUUUUUCUACAACAUUUGGCUUUUGUUGAUAUCUGUUAUACUUCUGCUAUCACUCCCAAGCUGCUCCAAAGCUUCACGGAAGAAAAGAAUUUUAUAUCACUUUGGGGCUGUAUGAUACAAUUUUUGGUUUAUGCAACAUUUGCAACCAGUGACUGUUAUCUGCUGGCCAUGAUGGCAGUGGACCGUUAUGUUGCAAUCUGUAAGCCCCUUCACUAUACCAUAAUCAUGUCCCGAAGAGUCUGCAUCCAUUUGGUAGCUGGUUCUUACAUCAUGGGCUCAAUAAAUGCCUCUGUACAUACAGGUUUUACAUUUUCUCUGUCCUUCUGCAAGUCCAAUAACAUCAAUCACUUUUUCUGUGAUGGUCCCCCAAUUCUUGCCCUUUCAUGCUCCAGUAUUGACAUCAACCUCAUGCUACUUGUUGUCUUUGUGGGAUUUAAUUUGAUGUUCACUGGGUUGGUCAUCAUCUUUUCCUACAUCUACAUCAUGGCCACCAUCCUGAAAAUGUCUUCUAGUGCAGGGAGGAAAAAAUCUUUCUCCACAUGUGCCUCCCACCUGACUACAGUCACCAUUUUCUAUGGGACACUCUCUUACAUGUACUUACAGUCUCAUUCUAAUAAUUCCCAGGAGAAUAUGAAAGUGGCCUCUAUAUUUUAUGGCACUGUUAUUCCCAUGUUGAAUCCUUUAAUCUACAGCUUCAGAAAUAAGGAAGUAAAAGAAGCUUUAAAAUUGAUAGGGAAAAAGUUCUUUUAAAUUAGCCCCAGUUGUUAACAUUCAGCACAACAAAUCAUCCCGCAUAGCUGUUCUACCAAAAUUUAAUAUUUCUACAAUAGGAAAUAUGUAGAAAGAUGUCAAAUUAAUAAUCUAACAUCACAUGUAGAGGAAUUAGAAAAACAAGAGCAAAUCAACC